GACCAUUCUAGUCGAACCACUUGAAAGUCUCCGUCUCCACUGUUGCAAAUGGCGAUGAAGUGGGUAGAAGGAACAGUAGCAAAGACUAUCCUCCCGGCAUGCAUCCCAACGAGCGUAUGCAGAGAUACUAUAAUUAUGCCGUGAAGGGAGCGCUGGGCGGCUUCUUAGUGAUGAAAAAGGGUGUGGUGGCUCUGAAAAUAUUUAAAGCAGCGCCUGUUAUAACCAUGAUGCUGUCAUCGCUGGCCUAUUCGUUUGUGUUUGGUUGGCCCUUUGCCAUAGGAAUGGUCGGGUCAAUCUUUGUGCAUGAGAUGGGACACGCGAUUGCGUUAGUGCGAUAUGGUAUUCCCAUCAGUUCCAUGGUGUUCAUUCCCUUUAUGGGCGCCGCAGUCACAUCGCGUAUUGACAAGGUGCAUAAAUUCACAGCCGACAAAGACGUAGUGGUGGCUAUGGCUGGCCCUGUUGUAGGAGGUACGGCGGCAACCGUCCUGGCUGUGCUUGGAAAUGCCAGUGAUUCUCAGCUGCUGCUGUCGCUCGCCGAUUGGGGAUACACUGUGAAUCUGUUCAAUAUGUUGCCCAUUGGAAUGCUCGACGGGGGACAUGUGGCAAAACAUCUGCACCGUAUGAUGGGUGUUUCGGGAUUGGCCCUGGGCGGUGGCCUCAUGUAUACGGGCACAGUCACACACCCGAUAUUCAUGCUGAUCAUGCUCAGUGGUGCCUGGACAACAGGCACACGGUUCUUCGGUCAGCAGAAACCACACCCCUACGGCUCGCUGAAGAAUCCACUGGCCGUGUUUGCCGGCUACUUGGCACUCUGCGCAGCCUUGUUCGCUGGGGCAGCAUGGACUAAGCAACGAUUAAUACCUGCAAAGGAAAUGCCAGGAUAUGAAGAGAAAGUGCAAAAGGCGCACGACAGUCUGGGUGAGUAUGGCUGGUUGAUGGAAGAAGAUUUCGGAUACGGUAACGAUGAGGAACAAAAUGAAGAUCACCUCGUCCUGCAUAAAGAUUAAGCAGCUCAUCUCCAGAGAUCGAGCUGAUUAUAAGGAUUAAUAAGAGUGCGCACGAUAGCUCCAGCAUCGAUCCUCGGACAUAACAGACAGGUUGUAUAAAUGUAUACAAAUUGAAAUAUGGAUUUUAAACUUUAUCUGGCAUAUUCAGGAUGCCAAUGAGAUUAUAGUCUCGUAACUUUGCAACCGCGGCUGUAGCUAAAAGUACAUGUGGUUCGCAAUAUCAAACUUUAUAGUAUAUAAAGCAGCCAAAAGUCAGCAACCGCGGUUGUACGCCAAAAGUACAAGAGUUUACCAUAUUAAACUUCGAUAGUACAAGCAGCCAAUUGAACGCUCGGGUGCUAU